GAAAAUUUGUCAUCAAGCAAGUUGUCAGAAAAAAUUAUUUGUGAUUUGUGAAUUUGUGGAAAGUGCGUCUUGAAAGUCGAAUUAAACCGUGUUUUGUGAUUUCUGUGCAAAUUGAGGCCACGCCUUAAAUUUAAUUGUUUAUACAAAACAAUAUACCCUUACUCUGUGCACAGAAAAGAUCUGUUCAGUGUCCCACUUGGUGACAAUGUGGCAGAACCCAGGAGUGUACCCCGGAGAUCAAGGGGCGCAAGGAGGGUAUCCCCAGGGAGGAUACCCGCAAGGUGGAUACCCGCAAGGUGGCUACCCGCAAGGUGGCUACCCGCAAGGAGGUUACCCCCCGCAAGGAGGUUACCCCCCGCAAGGUGGAUACCCACCGGGCGGCUACCCACCUCAACCCGGCUACCCUGCGCAGCCUGGUUUCCAACCCGGAUAUGGAGGUGCUGGAUUUGGCGAGCCGGCCGGAUAUCCGGGACCGGGGCAGGGAAGCCUGGGUGAAGAUGGUGAUGUCAAAGGCUUCGAUUUCAAUGAGCAGAGUAUACGCAAGGCUUUUAUACGGAAGGUAUACUCCAUCCUGAUGUGCCAGCUGCUGGUGACGCUGGGCUUCAUCACGCUGUUCGUGUACCACAAGCCAACGCAGAUGUGGGUGCAGAAGAACACCUUCUUGUUUUGGAUAGCAUUCGCGGUGGUGUUUAUCUGCCUGAUAGUGAUGUCGUGCUGCGGCAACGUGCGGCGCCAGGCGCCCAUGAACUUCAUCUUCCUCGGCAUCUUCACCGUCGCCGAGAGCUUCCUGCUCGGCGUCACCAGCAGCAUGUACGACGGCACUGCGGUGAUGAUGGCAGUCGGCAUCACAGCUGCGAUCUGUUUAACGUUGACGCUAUUCGCAAUGCAGACGAAGUACGACUUCACCGCUAUGGGGGGGAUACUGCUUUGUGCUACUGUCGUUUUACUCCUCUUCGGUCUGAUAGCAAUGUUUUUGCCCGGGAAUCGUAUAGUGACGCUAGUUUACGCGUCUCUCGGUGCGUUGCUGUUCUCC